AAUCUGAGAGGACUUAUAGGCAGGAUGUCCGACGAGGACAAGAAGAUCUUCUACUGCGACGUCAAGGAUUUUGACUGGGAGGAAUCUUUGGAGUACUACACCCUGGGGUUGCGGAUAUACUUGAUGAAGGACCCCUUAGAGACGCUCCCAGCAGGACAGAAGCUUCGAGUAAGGCUGUACUGGUUACAUCAAUUGACUAAAACCGUAAUAGUCAUCUUUUUGUUGUGGACAGUAUGGGUCAUUUUCUCAUUUAUAUUUAGACUCGUCUUCUAA